AUGGCGACGACGACACCCUACGACGCUCUGGCAGUGGAGGUGAAGCGCAUCGCAUCUUGUCCGUACCCAAGUCAGCUGCGCACACUCCGCGACAUCGUCAUCACCCAAUGCAGCGACGCCGACAUCACACAAUGGGCUGCCGCAAACCCAUGUCUGGUCGAGACACUCGUCUCCUGCUUGCUCGAAGGCCUGCAACAAUGGCCGUACGUGCUGGAUCUGGUCGCCAAGUUCGCCAGCAACCCCUCAUGUCGAGAUGCAUUCUUACGCCAGGAGCCGACACUUCUCCAUGGCGUGGUAGCGCAGGCCGCGAAGCAGGGGCCGACCAAGUCGAAGCAUACCAGAGCAAGUGUUGCUCUUCUAUCUACCCCUUUACCGGAUACUGUCGCUCUGCCAGCCGAGACACAGACACUUCUCAUGCAGCUGGUGGAAAAUGCCGCCAAGAAGCCGUCCACUACCACAAUCGAGCCGGUCCAUAUGCUCCUCCGAGGCACUGGGAAGAUCCUCUUCGGCACGCCGAAUCCCAACACGCUCGCUACCUUCGAGAAUCACCUCAUCGACAUCUUGCAGAAAGGAGCCGGCUCGGGUGAUAGUUGCCUCAGCCUUUACUGUCUUUCGAUCAUGAACAUCGCUCGCUGUUCGGUUGACCCCGACUUCCGCCCUACUGCUAGCUCGUACAGCACGCAAGACUUUUUGGCAAGUACGCCAACCUCUUCAAGAUGGAGAGCGGAAGCCAUGCAGCAGUUCUUUGAGGGCAAGAAAGCUGAGAAGAGCAUGCAACUCAUCGUCCUCAUUGCAUACUCAGCCAUCAGAGGUAUCACCACCGAUAACAUCAAAGCUUUGGUGCUGGCCAACAAUAUCGUCACUGCAGUUCCUGCCGACAUUCGCAAGAACUGGUGCAUGUCGAAUGCGACCACGAUUCACAAAUUGCACAACCAGCUGUGUGACCAGGAGCUCGAUCAGACCGUCCGCACGCUUGCACUGCGCUUCGUCGGGAAACUAUGCGAGAUCGACUCGUUGCCUCACCCAGUACUGCAAGGGCUUGAGCGUACCUUCAUGGAACCAAGAGUGGCUCAGAUCGCACACGUUUUGUGCUCGCAACCGCAAGAUCGAGAUGUCUUCUCGGGACUGCUGGCUCGUGCAUCAAUCAGCGAUCUGCUGCGGAAGAGCGUCGACUUCGCAGCUCAAGACGAUUCCCAAAAUCAUGCUGUGGGCUUGGACGCAAUCUCGUGUAUUAUGCGAGACACUCUAGCUGUCCUACAAGACCACAAGACGAGCGCGCAUCAGAUACAGGAGCUUCUCGGCGAUGAAGGCUUCAAUCACAGUCUGAAGCGACUGCACGAGACUCUCAGCUCGCCGCAGAACGUGUUCGCGGAGAAGACUUCGGGUGGUUGGUGUGUCAAAGCAAUGCAACGUAAGAGAUCGAAUCUUGCACACACUGUUAGCGACCUACUGUUGAGGGCUUCGCAACGGGGAAAGGUUGCCUCACAGACUGUUUCCCUUCUGCUCAAACUGCAUGCUCUUUCGGCACGGGGUGAUUUAGAAUGCAAUCAUGAUCGGCCAUCAUACCGAGAUCACUUCCCCGUCACUGAAGGAAACGCCUUGCUCGACAGCAAGGACCAGAUUGAUUGGCGGGAGGCUCUGCACACGCACUUCAAUGCAAGAGCACAGGUCGAACAAGAUGCAGUGACACGGCUUUUCACCAAAGCUUGCGCAAGUCUCGAGGCUCGGUGCGAGAACGUCGAGAAGCCGUUACGAGAGGAGCAAGAGCGAUGUCGUCUGUUAGAAGAGCAAAACUCGGAUUUGAACAGCGCGUUCGCAGAGAUGGAGUCACGAAAUCUGGAUCUUGAGUCAAGAAGACGAGCCCUCGAGGCCGAGCGGAAUGGCAAUGUCCAGGAGCUCGAAGAUAGCCGCAACGCGAACGAUGCACUGCUGGACCGUGUCAGUCGAUUGGAAGAGAAAUUACGUGAGGCUCAUGCUCAAGGCAAGAAGCAGCUUGCAGAGCUCAAUGAAGCAAAACAGUUGGCCGAGCUCGACCAUGCGACCGCUUUCGCGAGGAAGGAGGAAGAGCUUGAUGAUCUUCAAGAACAGCUGGAGGAGGCUGCUAAGGAAGCGACCGCCAAAGCUCGUGAUACGGCUGUUAUCCAAGAUGAUUUGAUCAAUGCAAGGGCUGAGUGCAAUCGCCUCGAAGAUUGCAUCUCGGAGAAGGACGCCCAGACGACUGAGUUCGAGACACAGAUCAAUGAUCUCAGGCGUAUCAACGAGGAGCUUCACGUCGCGAACACGCAGCUUCAAGCUGAUCUUGCUGCGGCUAACAGCAACCUGGUCCACGGAACACAAGAAGCAUCCGAACUGCUCCGCCACAUUGAAGAGCUCAAGUCUGAGCGUGUGGAGCUGGUCCGAUCCACAAGUCAGCAAAUCGCUCAUUUGCAAGGUACCAUCGACGCCAAGCAACAGCAGGCAUCGGAUCUGGCGCAGACCCAUCAAGAAGCGAUCGAAACCCUCGAGCAACAGAUUGCUGAACUACAUCAGAGCUCGCAGGAGAAAGAGGACAAAUACACUACCGACCUAGAGGCUCGUGAUGUCAAGAUCACCGACCUGAAGAAACGAGUCCUUCGCUACCAGCAAAAGUGCGAGCAAAAAGAUCAACAGAUCGCCGAAGCCGAAGCCAUGCGUAGCAACCUCAUGGCCGCCAUGGGACUUAAUAAAUCCCAAGCCCGCACAACCUUACCACAUCGCUCCCGCGAGUCCGUCGCAUAUGACAUACCACAAACGCAAGAAGACCCUACACCACCCACCCCGGCCUCCGGCAACGACGGUAUGAACAUCGAGCCCCAAGAUCACGAUCAAGACAUGAACGGUUCCUUCGUCUCCAAUGCUUCUUCCCAAGAGUCCAAGAACGGCCGUACACCAAAGCGGCCGCGUCCGCGACGUUCCAUUGUGGUUCCUGCCACUGUGACUAAGACUAGAGCAAGUAUGGGAGGCCCGGCUAAGCCUUCCAAGACGCAGCAGAUCUUGGCGGCCAGGAGACAGACUCUGGGAGCUGUUAGCACGAAUAAGCCGAGCCAGAGACCUGUGAGUUUCAAGACGCCCACGAAGAGUGAUGUGCUGGGAGAGGAUGAGUCGACGUUUGAUGGGAGUGAUUUAUUUGCUGGGACGCAGGCGGCGAGGAUGGUGGAGAUGGGAGGGGGCGGGGAUGAGAAUGCUUGA